AUGAACAAAACUCACCCCCAGAGAAACGGUCAUGUAGCUACUUUUGAUUCAAUGAAGCCCUUCUCUAAAGAAAGAGGUUGCUGCGAGCCACGUGGUGCCUGCAUGGGCUGCACACGGAAAUGCAUCUGCAUUUCUGCCGCAGCACUGCUCCUCCUCGCUACCACUGUGGGCUUGGCGGUGGCCCUGGGACUCCUGUCACACACACCAGUGAACCGCUUCUGUACAGCCUUCAAUAACCGGACAGGGUUCUUGUGCGAUGACAGCGUGACUUGCAUCCUGGCCAGCCAGGUCUGUGAUGGACUCAGUAACUGUAGGAAUAGAGAGGAUGAGCAGGAGGAACUCUGUGGUGACUUGCCCAACAGCCUUCCAGGAUACCUGGUUUUCAGAUGCAGUAACCCUGCGUACUGGAUCUAUGCUGAUCAGAGGUGCAACAGGAUGAACGACUGUGGAGACUGUUCUGAUGAGAUGGGGAGCUUGGCCGCCUGCCCACCAUGUGGGUUGGAGUGGUGGAGCUGCAGUCCUGUGCUCUAUGAGUACUGCUCCUGCAUCCCCAGAAGGCUGUGCCGGGAUGGCAUCCAGCACUGCCUCAGCUGGUCCGAUGAGUAUAUCUGCAGACCGUGAAGCUGUGGCACCAAGGAGCACUGGAGACCGCAGGGUACUUCCUGCAUUGUCACCUAUAAGUCUUGGUGUCCUUCUGCUCUGCCACCUCCUUGGGAAGCUCCAACUCAAGCAGAUCCUCAGCAGCGGCACACUGACUGGUAUGCAGUGACAUGGAAUACGGACAAAAUGCGUUUGGCAACCUGUGUGCAGGUUAGACACUGCUUGUGGGAUGCCUUCACAUGUUGUCAUGGCAUAUGAGCGUGAGUCCUUUCUACACAGGCAGAAGCACUGUCUUGCAGCAUUGACUCAAUAGCUUGAUGGAUUGAGCGCAGGCUGCUGGAGAUCGGUUACCAGCUGCUGCCUGCACAGACACUGCCUGAAAAAGCCUGGGUGAGGGGUUUCUCCUGUAGGGACACACUGGUGCCUUUGCAGGCAGCUAGAUGAGGGUACAUUGAGGACUACCCUAAAGAGCAGGAGCUGAGUCAGGUGAGCCUUUCUAGUCCUUGAGUCAGCAUUUCCCUUCGACAUGUCUUCAUGCUCCUGAUCUUCAUGAGCAGGAGAAGAAGACAGUGUUUGUGUUCAGAGAAUGUCUGCAGCAGAUGUUUUCAGCUGUGGCUUUGAAGGCUCUGCAUUGAUGCACCCAGGGUGCUUCCUUGGGACCCUGGUGCUGAGGAUGGUACAGUGGGGAGCUGCUGUACAGGCCGUGCCCCAUGUUCUUUUCAAACCAUGAAGGGCCGAAGCGGCAAGCACAAUGGCAAGGAAAACUGAAGUGGGUGUUGCAGGGUUUGUAGAAAUAAGUCACUGUGUCCCUGUGACCGUGUAGCUGUCCCUGCAGGGCAGGGAACUGGAGCGUACAUAAAAUGUACUUCUCUCUCAGGGCUGUGUGGUUCUGGAGCUGCUCGGAGGGCUGACAGCAGCCGUGAGGCUGGGAUAAGUUUGCACUGAAGUUGGCAAGUGAGAAAGGGGAAAAAUGUCACAGCCUCGGAGCAGAAAGCAGCAGAAAACCAAGUGCCGCAGCUGCUCCCAGAGCAGUGUGGAAUGACACAGGGUCUGCUUGCUGUUUGUCUUGUUCCUCUGCCAGCAGAGAAGGAUCAAGCAGCCAAACCUUCAAAGCAGCCCUCAGGAUAGAUAUGGAUGUGCCACUAAAGUUUAAGAAAGAAAAGGUCUUUCUCUGCUCCUUUGAAAAAUCUCAUCUGUGUCUAAAACAUCACCUCUGAUAAAAAUCUGCACUUACACUAAGUGUCCCUACUUUUCUAGGCCCAAAAUAAACAUCAGGCGAUAUUCUUCCCACCACCAUCCCGGGUUGUAGAUACUUAAAAAUAACCCCCCAUCCACUCGUUUCCUCUCUGUCCUGUGAUCUGCAGCUCAGCACAUCACCAUGACAUGUAUCAACCGUGAAUGUUUCUUCUAAUCUGUAGCCGGGAUACAGCCAGAGAUCCAAGAGAUCUCUUAAAAAUAACUUUACUGUAUUCUGACUCAUGCUUCACCUGGAACUGAGAUGGCAAAACUCUGCAUAAUGGAACCGGUAAUACAGGCAAAUUUUAAAGCUGCGUUUAAAAAUCUGUCCUUCUCCAUACCUCGCUAGGAUGGAUGGCUUGCUUUUUCCAUGCCUGUAAAAUAUGAUUGCUGUGCAUUCAGUGCUGCAGCUCAGAAGAGAGGUUAGGUGUUUUCUAGGUAAGCAUUUCUCGCUUGCAAACUUCCAGCGUCAAUCAAGCCUCUGAAAUCAAGAUGCACAUUUUGCUGGAGACACAGACAUUCUAAUGCUUCAGCAAGGCUGAGGUGGGGUUUGUAAAUAAAGCCAGGCUUACUGGACUUGCUAUUGUUCCUCUUGUUACCUCAAAAUAUGUUCUGGGGAAUCAAUAAGGAAGACUUACAGUAUUUCUUAAGAAGAGCAUAAAGAGGGAUGGUUCAGUGGCAGCGGUACCAGGUCAGCCCCUCCUUCCUGGAGAAGGAGAGCUUCUUUCUGAUCCAGACUGGGGCAGCCACAGACUGUUUGCCUGCUCCUGGGGUUUGAAGUGCAACAGGCUCUGCUUUGGGGAGGGUGCAGGUGGGCUACACCUGCUGCUUCUGUGGGGCAAUAGUCAAAGAAAGGAGAGAGACAAGGGGAAGAAGAAUCUUAUGCCUUAUGAUGGGAACUGUAUACAGAUAACAGAAGAACUGGACUUGGUGAAGAUUGAACUAAUUAACUGUUGAAAAAAUAUAGAAAACCUCAUGCUUAGCAUAAGGAGUAGACAAUAUGGUUGAUCAAAAAAAGAACCCCAACCAACCUUCUCUGCUUCAAAUAUAUUGGGAAAGCCCUGACUUGCUGGAGCCUCCCAUGUUUGCUGUUGUUGGGAAGACGAUGCUGGUCAGGGUGACCCAUAUGGCAACUGGUGCAUUCUCCCCAUCCAAAAUUUGUCCAUCAUUGUCACUGGUCACCUCUGCCAAGUUUCAAGAUGGUCCUGAAAGUGUGGAUGAAAGGGUUAGGGUGUGCAAACAUCUGAGCCUAGGGAGCUGGAUGUUUCUGCUUGCUGUGUAGGAAGGCUGCCCCACUGUAUCAGAAGUCAAGUGGUGGCUUGCCUUAGCUGGAUAAGGACAGUGGAUCUGGUGUCUGGGAAUUCUUACUUUCCAUGUAAAUGCCUGGCUUGAGGCAGGAAUGACUCUUGUGCCACCUCUCUCCUUCAGCAGGAACAUGAGGAAACAGAGUCAGGCUUUAGGGUGCACAGAGGACAUCCCUACCUGGAAAGAUGGAACCAAACACACUCUCUCCUCCUAAGAAGCUUUGUAUUUGAGCUGAGCCACAAAGAAAUGGGAUCAGGAAUGUGAUCUCUGCAUCCAAGAUAGCCAGUAAAGGAGUCAGAGGAGCUGACCCACUGGUACUUGCAGGGCAGAGCCCCAGGGUUGCUCUCCAGCUGAUGUCCCUAUAACAGUUCCCGGUGAGAGUUACUGGGAAGCCAAAGCUGCAAUUAAUGGCCCCAAGUUAUGACAGAGGGACCAGGGACUCAUCCUGCUCUGAAUUACACCUGUGAAGAGUCUUACCAGGAGAGACAUGGGAAGCAGCAGUCCAAGGCAGUGAGAGUCAGAAACCAGCCUGGAAACAGCCAGAGACACAGCAGGCAGUUUAAACAGGCACUUGGCUGAGCGUAUCUAUUUCAGGAUGAGUCUCCCCCUGUGAUUUUCUUACUUACUGCCUUCUUCCUGGUCAGCAGAGGCCGCAUGCCUUACAGAGAGCAAUAAACAAAGAUUACUGGGUUGAAGACCUGGUGGUGAAUGUGUCUAAGUCCUCCUAGGAUAGAAUUUACACAGUGGUGUGUUCAAAAGAGAAAGUCUGCUGGUCAGCAAGAAACCUAAGAAAAUGAAUAAUUCUGUCAGGGAUGGAGAGUGUCAUAAACACAGUGCUCUAAAACACCUCUUUUAAAGAGGGAAGCUGUACCAUAUUAUUUUACUAACAAGCCUGUGACCCGGGCAGACUGUUCAUGUCAAAUCACAAUGUGCCUAUUUUCUGGCUCAAGGCAUCGGCUCCCAGCUGCUUUACCGAUGUGAAAUG